AUAACGCGGAGAGCUUUGGGAUCGGAGCGGUUGUUGUGAAGACUUGCGAUUUCACUGCAUUUGUGGUGGGCAAAAGGGAUGGUAAGAAUUUGAUGGCUAAGGCCGUCAAUCAUAUUAGGGAUUUGGAUCAUGUUCAAUACGGUUCUGAUUUUGAAGAGUGGUGGGGAAGCAUUGUUGCGACGGUUUCGGGAGAAGUUGCUAAUGGCAUGUGCAGGGAAUCUGAACCUGAGUUACAGGAUGAUGCUGGUUGUUGUGAUCCAAAACGCAUAUAUAUGUUGGUGGAAAAUCUGUAUGAUGGAUUUGGAAGUAGAACCUACAGGCGCAGGAUGUUAACUAUCAGUGAGGCCAACUUCAUGAAGAAUGGAACUGUUGAUCUUGAAGACGGAGGUCCUGUAACUGUCAAAUGGCCUCUUCCACAUGGUGGAACAAGCGAUUCUAGUUUACCAUUAUCUGAAAAAUUUUGUUGUUCCGUUGGUCUCAGCUUGUUCUUUCUUGGUGACCUGGAUGAGGAUAUUGAAAGAGAACUGGAUUUUUAUGGCGCUAGAAACAUUUGGUGCCUCAAGUAUGAUGGUCAUACUUGGAUUUGGAGUUUAUGCAGAACCAUCCUUUUCCCCCACCAAUUGCGCCCCAUAAUAAUUCCAUACGAUGGCAAAUUGUGCUGCAUUGGUGAUAAUUGGGUUGAUAUCUACAACCUAAAAUCAGAAUUUUGGGAAAAGAGGGAAGUGCCCGGCAUGCGCUUGAAUCCUCACUCUUACUUUUUGUGGGAAACCCUCAUUGUGUUGUAUUCUUUUGAUGAUGUGAAUCAAUGGCUCAUGUCAUAUGAUUUCAAUGCCAACAUUUGGAGCCCCAUUGAGUGCAAUUUUCCGCCGUUUUGUGAUUACAAAGCUGGUAGGAAACUCGUUCGUCUGGGUUGCAGUGAUUUUCUUCUUAUUAUUGAUAUUGUAUCUAUUUGGUGCAUCUAUGACUUGUCUAAGAAGAAACCCGUGGCAGUUGUGCAUGUGAAUGAUUUGGAUGAGAUGGGGAUGGUGUCUAACGUUUUUUGUUGUCACCACACAAGCAAAGAAAGUCUGAUCUAUGUCUUUACUAGUACAGAUCAAAUGGAUAUUAAAAGGGAUAUAGACCGUCCAAAUCAAUAUAUUAACAUUGUUCCUUAUGCCAGAGUCAAGCUCCAAACUGAGGGUAAUUUUUCUGCUAAGGUUGAAUCUAAGGGUAAUCUUAAAGUUGGUCCCCAUCUGAAGUACUAUGUGUUUGCUGCUGUAGACCAAGACAUUAAAGGGAAGACUACGGUAGCAUAAAUGUUGCUGUUAGGAAUAUGUUUUCUUGAACAGAGUAGAUUAGGUUGUAUUAUUCUUAUCACAUAGUUUUAAGACGAGUUACUUUUUUGUCUCUCUUAUGAUGAGAAUUGAGGUUAUUCAAUAACUUUACCAAUUUCACACUCGUUUUUUAUUAUGUUUUAUUUUAUUUUACUUUUUAUUAUCAAUUAGAUUGGGACAACCUUGAUCUCUAUAGUUAAAUGUAAUGACUUUUGGAGUUAGCUAGUACUCAAAAUAUUCAUAGCAUUCGCAGGUGGAACCAGCAUGGCCUGGUGCAAUUUUAUUGGUUUUUGUAGGGAGUGAUAUUAAUCCCAGAGCUUUAUGAUCUUUUGAAAACUCCUGAUUUCUUCGGAUUCUUGAGGAACAAAUUUUGGUUUGAUCCAGUCGUUGCUGCACAAAUCAGCAUUGCAGAUGUUUAUUAG